CUUUUGUAGGCUCGACCAAUCACCUAUGAACGACAGGUCCCUAAACGAAUCGGCGCUAAACCGGUUGGUGGCGGUGCCUAUCAGCUUGUGGUAGGCGUGUCGCUGCUGGGAAAGGUUGUUAGUUUCAGUUUUGGGUAGAAGAAGACUGGUACGCGGGAAUCAAGAUGUCUAUUAUGACCUAUAAUGGAGGGGCCGUAAUGGCUAUGAGAGGAAAAAACUGUGUGGCCAUAGCUGCUGAUAAACGCUGAAUUCAAGCUCAGAUGGUGACAACAGACUUCCAGAAGAUCUUUUCCAUGGGGGAUCGGUUGUAUAUUGGAUUGGCUGGCUUGGCAACUGAUGUGCAGACAGUAGCACAGCGUCUGAAGUUCAGAUUAAAUCUUUAUGAGCUGAAAGAAGGGCGCCAGAUAAAACCCAAAACUUUUAAAAGCAUGGUGGCUAACUUGCUAUAUGAGAGAAGGUUUGGUCCUUACUAUAUUGAACCAGUUAUUGCUGGUUUGGACCCCAAGACCUUUGAGCCAUUCAUUUGCUCCCUGGAUCUUAUCGGAUGUCCAAUGGAGACUGAAGACUUUGUAGUUAGUGGGACAUGUUCAGAACAGAUGUAUGGCAUGUGUGAAUCUCUCUGGGAGCCAGACUUGGAGCCAGAGGACCUUUUUGAAACCAUCUCGCAGGCCAUGCUGAAUGCUGUGGACAGAGAUGCAGUGUCUGGAAUGGGGGUGGUUGUACACAUCAUAGAAAAAGAUAAGGUUACUACACGGACACUGAAGGCACGCAUGGAUUAACUUUUCCUGAAUCUGAACUCUGUAACCAUAUUAUAAUAAUUUUUUUUUUUUUUUAAAUAAAAUCAAGUUUUGGUGGA